AUGAGUAAGAUACCCUACGCGUCAGCUAUAGGGUCUAUCAUGUAUGCCAUGGUAUGUACACGUCAUGAUGUCUCGUAUGCACUUAGUGUAACGAGUAGGUACCAAGGAAAUCCUGGUGCAUGUCACUGGAUGGCCGUUAAGACAAUUCUUAAGUACUUGAGAAGGACUAAGGAUAUGUUUUCGGUUUAUGGAGGCGAGGAAGAGCUCAGGGUAAAGGGUUACACUGAUGCCAGCUUCCUGUCCGACAAGGACAACUUCCGAUCACAGUCAGGAUAUGUGUUUUGCCUAAAUGGUGGUGCUGUGAGCUGGAAGAGUUCAAAACAGAAGACAACAGCUGACUUUACAACAGAGUCUGAGUAUAUAGCAGCUUCCGAUGCAGCAAAGGAGGCUGUUUGGAUCAAAAAGUUCAUAGCUGAACUAAAGGAUGUUCCUAGCAUUGCAGAUCCGAUUGAGCUAUAUUGUGACAACAAUGGAGCAAUAGCACAGGCUAAGGAACCCCGAUCUCACCAACGAUCCAAACAUAUACUUCGGCGAUUCCAUCUUAUUUGA